AUGUCUAAUUUUUAUAUCAUUUUAAGCUUAUAAAAAUUUCCUAAUGAUGGAAGUCAAAUUUUAGUAGAUGUUGCAAGUUACUUAACUUAGUAAAAUUUGAAUCUUAAAUUAGAUUCUUUAGAUGUUAAAUUCAUUUAAAUGAAUUGGAAAGAUAGCCACAGCUAAAUAAUUUCUGAUUUUUUAAAGUUUGUAAAUCCAGACAUAAACAGGUUGUCUAUUGAUAUUCAAUAAAAUCUCUUUACUUUAGAAGGAUUAUCAAGCAUUUUAGUGAGAUUGUGCAUGCUAUUUAGUAAUUUAAAAUAACUAGAGAUAAAUUUUUAAAACAAUUAAAUGAAAAAUCAAAUAUCGAAUGAGCAAAUCUGUUUAGGAUUACAAAGUGUUUUUAAUCUUAAAUACUUGACAGAUUUAACUCUUGAUUUAUCUUAAAACCACAUUUUUUAUGAGUUCUUUGAAGGCAUUAGAGCUUAAUAAAAAUUCCAACCAAAUUCAACUUUAAAGCGUCUGAAGCUGAUCAUCAAACACUAAGAAAAAGUACUAGAUAUAUCAAGCUUAUCACACAUCUUUAAAGGAACAUAAAAUUUGACCAAAUUUUAAUUGAUUUUAAUCAACACGUGCUUUUAAAAUACAUAAUAAUUUAUGGAAGCUCUUUCCAUUUCAAAGCUAAUUACUUUUUAGCUUGAUGUAUCUAUUUUAGCCAAUUCUACAUUUGAAACUCUUUAAUAACCAACAAGGAAUUACGAACCUUUUCUUUAAGAGCAAAUUCUUAAACUUUUCUCUUAUUUAGUAUAAUGUAAGCAUUUGAUGGAAAUUGAUUUUACCUUCAAAAAUCACAAGUUUAAUGAUCAAUACAUCUUGCUUUUAUCAAAAAUCUUAAAUCAAUCUAAUCAAUUGCACAAAAUAUCUCUUGAUUUUCAGUAAAAUUUUUUAAAUAGAAGCUAUACUUAUGAAAGUAUCAUGUAAUUGUAAACUUCUUUGUUGAGUAGGGAAAUAUUAUCUCAAGGUCUUAUUUACACUAAUCAAGAAACAAUUUAAAAUAAAAAUAUGUUAUCAAAUUAAUAUUCAUUAGAAAUAUAAUAAAUUUUAGUAAAAUAUAUUGUUUUUUCAAAGCUUACUGAAAAAUACAAUUUAUUUAAUCCAAAAUUUGCUUUUUAGGAUUUUUAUUUUUGA